GUCCAAUAAUAAAUGCACAGAUGCUUUUCUACUUCUUAGACGAAUGUAACAUUGAGACGGGUAAUACCUACUUUCUUAUCUUGCAACUUCCUUUUUUUAAAACCGGUUACCACUCAAUCAUAAAGUUGAAGAUAAGCCCCGUAGCGUCAUGCGCGAAUACCUAUUGAAAUGUGUGGUCGCGGUAACACAAAGGACACCGGUUAGUAAUUUAAGGUCCAAGGAAAUUAGAAUCCCUCCGUGUGAGAUCGCGUUAAGCUAGUUCCUUAAGGUAUAAGCUAGGGUAUAAGUACCAUGAGUUCCCCCACAAAUUCCCCUAUAUUUUUAUAUUUUAUUAUCUUGAAUCCAGAAUGUACACUGCAUGACAUCAUUAUAGACAUUGAUGUAUAAUAAUAAGUAUGUUACUAAGUACAUAUUAUAGAAUUUAUAGAAGAAAUACACAAUACUUACAUAGAUUUUUGAGUAACAAACAGACUAACGAAUUAACAUCGUUGUAGGUACGGAAAGAAGCCCUUCAAAAAGUCAUCUACUUUUACUAAUAAAUGUUUCAUCUACUUUUCAUCUAUUAAUAAAUGUUUCUUUCUUUCUUUAUUUUUCGGUCGAACAGAUGAUUUGGCCAGCAAGGUCUUGUAUCAACAAAGAAAAGUCUCACAAAAUGAUUUCGACAAUAUCAGGAAUCGAAUUCGGACCUGGGACACGCGUUAGCCGGUACACGGACUAAUAAUAGUUCAGUGGUUGAGAAAGCCCGAAACUCCCUAUACUAAAGUUCCGGGUUCGAAUCCUGCGGGAACACGGCAACCGCGCCACGCGCGGCGCGAAUUAUAUCGAGGGCUUUGACCUCAUUCGACCAACAAACGCAGGGAAUGCUAUCUACGUAGAUAAACGUCGUACGGCCGAGGGAUGGUGGGGACCUAACCACAAAAAAUCGCAUUGUGAUCUUUUUCACGCUGAUGACCCGAUAGUCCACAAGUAAGAUGAUCCGUGCUUCGGAGAGCACGUUAAGCAAUCGCCUACUAUUUACUUUAGUAAGCACGUAGUCGUUACAUGAGUCACGUCGGCUCUUAGGCGGCUCAAUAGUCUGGUUCAGUAGUAGAUGAGGUCGGUCUCAGAACCCAUACACUACAAAAGAUCACUCUACGUAGGCUUACUAAGGAAGGAGGCCAAAAACAAGAGUAACUGGCACGUUGUAUUUUGUGAAAUACAUUAAAAACUUAAAAUUGUAAGGUUUGAAAAUAUAGAAAUGUCAGUAAUUAAUAACAGAUUACAAAGCAAGUAUCAUAUAACUAUACAAUGAUAUUAAAGUAUUCUAUUUUUUACAUUAACAAUACGUAUAAUUCCAUGUAGGCAUAUCCAUUUGGUCAGAAAUUUCGAAAUUAUAGUAAAUAUUCCUGUAAGUACUUACUUUCAAAAAUGUUUUACAUUGUACCUACCACCGCCUGUUCUUUGCGAUACGAGACUGAGUGUCCCUUCUAUUCGUAGUACUGUUGUUUAUUCUAUAUAUGUGAGUAAAGAAAUACUUAGGCUCUAUUCCCCAUUUCGUUGAGAUAAUACAUUUUAUUCGUAGAAGUUAGAACCUCGUUUAACAUACUAACUACCAUGUAUUAUCACAGGGCUGAAACUUGUCACAUCAAUUAUCUGGCCCUUGUCGUGCUAUGGCAAUAAAUACACUUGCAAUAUGCGACAGAAGUGUUCCACAUAAUACGCCGCGCAACAAGGGGGCCCACGUUAUUGCGGGUCGUUUAGUCAGGCUAUCUGGUUUAGACCUCGAUCAAAUUGCACCAAAACGCGUUAGACCGAGAAAGAAGAAAAAUUCACCCUAUAUUAAUGGCGAUAAACUCCAGCUCCUUUCACGCAUCACUGAAAAACGAUUUGUGCACAGGAAAAACGAACUAUUUUCGUCUUUUCCUUUAGCUGCUAACAUUUAUAAGGCAAGCUCUGAUGAGUUCAAGAUUUUAAAAAAGAAACAAAAGUCCAAGAAGUCUGUACUGACUCUGCCCAAUGUACCCGCUCCUUUACCACAGUCAUGUACGGUGAGCGACAUGAAUGACUCUGAAUAUUUCGAGCAAAAUGAUAAAAAGACGAUUAAAAAGAAAUUGCCGAUCCAAAAUAGAAAAAUGCGAGUGAGAACCAAGGGCUUCGAAGUGUACGACCGAGAUGCAAAGCAUAUCCAUUUAGAUUCUAGUUCCACUGAAUUGAUUAGCAAACCUUAUGAUGGCGAUUGUAGAACCGUUGUGGAUAAAGCAGGCCUCAGGCCCGGGGAUAAAGAUAAUCGUUCGAUUACCGCACAAGAUGUUUGGACAGUGCUUAGAAAUAUUAACAAGUUCCAGUUUACUGGACCGGCGCGGCUUUCAGAUGAGAAUAUUGUGAUGCCUAAAAGGAAAAAAGCCUUCAGCCGGCGCUGUAAUAUCCGGAAAGGCAGACGACUUAUAGAAACUCGACGCACAGAAGAAAUAUCUUACGUCGCGAAUUUCAAAAUUAAAAGCAAUCACAGUGUUUCACAGUCUACCAGUAAUGAUCGGGUAACGGUUAUUAAUAAGAAUGAAGUGCAAAAGCAUACAACAGUCGGCGAUAAACCUGCGGUUAAAAACCAAAACCUUGCUAAGGUUACCCACAAGCCAAAGAACGUGGUUAUUGCGAACGAUAAAAAUCAAAGUAAGACAAGGAGUGGUAUGAAACCAAUGCAAAGGUUUCAGUCAAUGUGCAGAAACAGAUUUGACAAUGGCAAUAAAACUUCACAUGCUGUACAUGAGCCGAUUCCCGAAAGUACAAGUACUGUCAGAGAGUCAAUCGAUUCCAGCAAUUAUUUCAGAUCUGAAAGUGAUAACCUAUCCAGUUCCAAUGGAAAGAAUAAGUUCAUACAUCCUGCCAGAAUUGAACAAAUAAUUUUAACUAAUAUUGGGGGCGUUGGGGCUAACAAUUCGGCCAAAAAAGACGUGAGUCAUCAAGAAGAUUCAUCUCCUGAACGGAGUUCGAAGGGAAUAACUCGAAUGGUUUUUAACCAGGACACAAACGCCUUUCAGAAAAGAGGUGACCUACAAAAGAGGAAACCACGUCUUGUUACGACAAUGCCGAGUGCCGCUACGAUGCCAAAAAUGACAGCAGCUGAGAUAAAGAGGAGAAUUGCUCAAAUUAAGUUCCCAUUGAUGAUAUUAGGAAGAGACGAGCUUAGUUCAUCUAUAGAAGUGUCAGGUGAGAUUCCACAAUUCAAUGGUUUAGAUGAACAUAUUUGGCCGUUCAUGGUUGAUUGGACAAAGACAAGCAAUGAGCAACAAAAAGAUAGAAUGUAUUCAAACAAUGGACAGCAAGCAAAGCGAUCCAUGCCAGUUGUUGCCAGCAAUCUAAGAAAAGUUAAUAAUGAUGUAGCUAUGGUAAAACUUAAAGAUAAAAAAGUAACAUACUGCGAUACAUUAACCAAAAAGAAAGUCGAUUCCAAACGACCUGAUGAAAAUGUAACACCGAUAACAACACCUAGAAAGACAAAACCAAUGAGGCAAUUUAAAGACAAAAUGUUAAAAUUGCUUUAUAAAAAACCUUCAGUGCAUGAUAUGGAGCAGUGUACUGAACCCAUCAAUGUCGAAGAGCAAAUUAGUAAUGAAAAUAAUAAUUCACCAAGAAUCGCUGUGAAUGCAGAAAACAACAUAAUGACAACGGUAAAUGUUAAUGUAGAUUCCAAAGUUUUACCUCAAAGACCUGAAAAUAUACUUUUAACACUGACUAAAGGCAUUAAUGAUAUCAAAUCAAGUCAUAACCUUAUGGGACCAAGGCACCCCUGGGCAAGAGCUAAAUGGGCUAGCGACUUCAUUGAUAACGUGAUGAGAAAAAUAAAGAGCGGAGCCUAUUACAGCUAUGAAGGAAAACGUACCUUGAUUGAGGGCGUUAACAAUGCUGUCAUAAACAGUAAUGUUGCAAAACUUGCAAAUAAACUAGACGCUAGUACCUGUGUCGAUUUCUAUGAUGUUGCGGUGCAGACAUUAACGAGUUUGAAUGACAAGAACAGAAAAGAACCAGAGAAAAAUGAUUGUCAGACCGACUUUAAAGAAUUGGUAGCAAACGGAUUCGAUCCUUUGAUUUCCAUACCUGGUUUUGACGAUACCCUACCAGAAUUUGAAAUUAAAACAUUGAAUAUUAAUCAAAUAGCUGUGAAACAUUGCCUGACAAACGUUAUGGUACAAUUUGAUGUAGCAGUGCCAGACAAAUCAAGCAACCUUACGGUAGAUGUGAAGCCAUCAACGUCGUCUUCUUGUGUACCUUUGUCUACGACCGACAGUCUUACAAAGAUAUUUAAGUGCAAUACCACAAUUCUGAAUGCCGUUUUACCUGCCGAACUAUGCAGUGUUAUACCGAAAGUGAUGCGUAGUAUAAUGGACUCAGAUUCCAGUUUGACUAUUCAGACAUCGUUCACUGAUUCUCAUGUGACUAUUUCUGAAAUAAGCGAGUGUGACUCCAUAGGGCCUUUGAUAAGUCUUUGCCCGGGCAAUGAUAGCGAUUCAUGUGUAGAUGAUAUUGCUCUAAAUAUGGAAAUCGUUAAUAAUCAGAGAAUGUACUAUCCACCGAACCAGUACAUGUGUUCAUCGGGCAAUUAUUGCGUCGCCCCGGUAAGUAACAAGAGUUCACUUAAAAAGGCAGAUUCGACCAAUUCAUGGGUUGCUAUAUGUCCUUCACGUUUAACAUUGUACCAGUCGCGAGUGUUAACAACAAUCAUGAGUGGAAGAUUCUUAUCGAUCGACGUAAUUCGAAGGAAGUCGAUUUCUAUAUCCAGAGACGAAAUAAUUAGAAAAAUCAAACUUACUUCCGAAUAUGAAAUUUUGCCACAAUUAUGCACGAAAGCUGUAAUGUGCUGUGUAAUGAACCCGAUUCAAUUAAGAACAAUAGAAUGUGAAGAAAUCGAAUCAAGUAAUCAGCAGUUAGCACAAACGUCCUCGUGCACUUCUCUCGAAACGUAUAAGGGACAUAAUAGCUGGAGUACUAGGCUCGGAGACUUCACCAGUUUGCUUCAAAAUAUGUGGGACUAUUGCAAGUUUAACAUACAUUUCAGUAUGCCGUACUUCUCUUACGUUCAUCCGAUGCAUUUGUCAUACGACAACAACAAUCUCACUGUUAAUAUGAUUAUAGGAGACACACAGGGUACUGAGAAAACAGUGACCGUUACAGUUUCAAAAUUAGAAAUAGAUUCGAUCUAUAGUCGUUUUUCGAAGAAAAAUUGCUUGGAAAAUGGAGUAAAGAUUACUCGGAAUGAUGCAUUGCCAAUCAAGAGCAUUGAUUGCUUACAAAAUUCUCGCUCUCAUAAAUCAUUAAAGAAGAGCCAAGAAAAGCCUCGUAAGAGAGGGUAUGUGAAACUUUAUAAGAAGUGCAAGUCUACUACCAGUCUGUCUGGAGAGCGUACAUGUACGUCUUUGAGUAAAAUAGUGAAUUUGGAUGAUUUCUUCCAAGCGCUUGGUUCCGCGAAGAGUUUAUCUAGUGUGUUUGAUGGAUGCCCGGGCCACAAAAUUUUGUCAUGUAUCGGAGAGAUGAAGAAUUGGAUAAAGGAUAUCACACCACGUCAAGCGCUCUUAGUUCUACUGCUGACGAAUAAGAAAGAAACAUCUAACUUAGUGCGUUUCCGUCCGGUCCUGCUUCAGGGUAUCGCAGUGAAUAGAAUUACUCGCGCUACUGAACUCGAUAUGGAGAUUGAAGUGAUAGAAAGAGAAAACGUUAAACUUACUCAGUACGAAGGAAUAUCUUACAUACCAGCGUCAGAAGUGAACCAGGACAAUCUUUUGGAAGAACUGUGUUGGAUUGCUAAAACUACUGCGUCCGACUAUCAAAGACCAUUUGAUGAGACAUCAGAAAAACUAUUAAAGUCCCUUUUAGAGAAAAGGAAGAAGUUAAAUCCUUCUUACCUGCGUGUGAUGGCUCGGUAUGUUGGCCUCGGGCUGCUUAAAACCCCAAGCAAACAUAAAUAAAAUGAAUAACAAGAAAUCUAUUUAAAAAAUUACGGUCUAUGUUGACUCUUCAAGUAAAUUGUGGUGUAAUUGAUCGUUUCAGUGCGUCUUUUAAUGUUAGGUACCUACUUACCUAUGUAUUAAAAUUUUAAAAGAAGCACCAAUGCAUGUAUGUAGAGUUUUGUAAUUAUUUAUAAAUUAUUAGUAAUAAACAUAUUUAUUAAAUAUUUAUAUUUUGGAUAGUUGGGUAUUUAUAUUAAAUUGAUCUAUUUAUUAUUUCGUUGUUUUAUUGAAAGGUAUUUUAGUCGAAAAAUAAUUGUAACUACAAUUGGUAG